CAGGAUUGCGCGGGAUUGAGGUUGUUGAACAUGUGCAGUGUGCUGUGCAAGCGGAAGAAAAAUUGACUGGUAUUCAACAGCAUAAGAACAUUCAGGUCAGUUGUGUUUUGAAAAAUGAACCAGAAUUCAAAUGAGAAGGAAAAUGCUCUUGACUUCAUUAUUCCACAUGAUGGUGAAAGUGAAAAUGUAAAGAAUGGAGGAAAUUUGUUAAACAUAGAGUACAAGUAUGUAGCAUCAAAAGAUGGAGACAAAAAGGAGGGGAAAGAGUUUCCGAAACAUGAACCUGUAGCAUUCUACAAGCUGUUCCGGUAUGCCACAUAUUUUGAGCGGGGCCUCGUCUUCCUUGGCUUACUGUUGAGCCUUCUCUCAGGAGCUGGUAUACCUCUCAUCAUCAUGCUCUAUGGUGAAUUUACCACACUGCUGGUGGACCGCUCAGCGGACAAUAUUACUUCAACACCAACAGUCAUACUCAACCUAUUUGGAGGAGGAAGACAGUUGAUUAAUGGUAGUUAUGAUGAAAGAAAUGAAGCCAUGAUGGAGGAUGCAGAAGCAUUUGGAAUUGGCUGUACUGUAGUUGGGAUAGUGCAGCUUGUUAUUUCAUCAUCAAGUAUUGCAGUAUUGAAUUUUGCAGCACAGAAGCAGAUUGGCAGAGUAAGGCAGUUAUUCCUACAGGCUGUGCUACGCCAAGAUAUGACUUGGUAUGACACUACCAGGACAGCCACUUUUGCCAGCAGACUUACAGAGGAUCUGGACAAGAUGCAAGAUGGCAUUGGUGAGAAGAUGAGCAUAUUUAUAUACCUCAUCACUUCAUUUGUUGCUGCAAUUAUAAUGUCUUUCCUGAAUGGCUGGAAACUCACACUUGUUGUAUUGAGCUGUGCUCCAGUAAUCAUUGUGGCACAAUCAAUAGUAGCAAAGCUGCAGAGUUCACUCACAGCACAGGAACUUGAGUCAUAUGGUGAUGCAGGUGCGGUUGUUGAGGAGGUGCUGAGUUCUGUGCGAACAGUAGUAGCAUUUGGUGGUGAGGACAAGGAAGUUGCCAGAUAUACAGAGAAACUUAGCAAAGCCAGGGCCACGGGCAUCAAACGAGGCAUGUUCUCUGGUUUGGGAACUGGCAUCAUGUGGUUUAUCAUCUAUUGCAGUUAUGCUAUUGCAUUCUGGUAUGGUGUAACACUUAUCUUGGAAUCAAGAGAGAAUGGAGACUUUGAAUACACACCAGGUAUUCUUGUUAUUGUUCUGUUUGGGGUUCUGUCUGGAGCAAUGAACAUGGGACUGGCAUCUCCCCAUCUUGAGGCAUUUGCAAUUGCAAGGGGUUCAGCAGCUGCUGUCUUUGCAUUGCUGAAUCGUAUACCACAUAUUGACAGCCUCAGUACAGCUGGACACAAGCCAGCGGGGCUCCAAGGUGACAUACAGUUACAAGACGUUCACUUUCAGUAUCCAUCAAGACCAGAAGUUAAAAUACUUCAGGGCCUCAAUCUGACAGUGAAGAGUGGUGAGAUGGUGGCUCUGGUUGGCAGCUCUGGAUGUGGCAAGUCAACAGUAAUCCAGCUUGUACAGCGAUUAUAUGAUCCAUCGAAAGGAAAAGUUCUAAUAGAUGGUUUAGACGUUACACAGCUCAAUGUUGGCUGGUUGCAGAGUCACAUUGGUGUUGUAGGUCAGGAGCCUGUCCUGUUCGCAACCUCCAUCAAGGAAAACAUUCGAUAUGGGCGAGAAGAUGCCACUCAGCAGGAGAUAGAAGAGGCGGCACGAGAGGCCAAUGCUCAUGACUUCAUCACCAAGUUACCAAAGGGUUAUGAUACGUUGGUUGGAGAGAGGGGUGCCCAGUUGUCAGGAGGACAGAAACAACGCAUUGCAAUAGCAAGGGCCCUGGUUCGACGACCAAAUAUUUUGCUUCUGGAUGAGGCAACCUCAGCACUGGAUCUGCACAGUGAAGCCAAGGUCCAGGCAGCCCUGGAUCGUGCUUCAAAGGGACGUACAACACUUAUAGUGACUCAUCGUCUCUCCACUGUUAGGAAUGCUGAUCGUAUUGUGUACAUUUCUGGUGGACGGGUGAUGGAACAGGGAUCACACUCUGAAUUAAUGGCACUUCAGGGUCACUAUUUUUCUUUGGUCAAUGCUGAUCCCACGCUUACAGAAGGUGCUGGACAUAAUGAAAAAAAUGAGCUUGAGAAUGACAGUGCAACUAGUUCAGAGGGUCUGACACGGAAAUUGUCAGCAAAGUCAAAAGAUGAAAGUACUAAGGAAGCAGUUGAUGUCACAGUUCUAGAUGCAGAGGAGGAGCAGUAUGAAGCACCAAUGAGUCGAAUCUUUGGCUACAACAGACCAGAGUGGUUGCACAUUAUUGUUGGCUGCCUGGCUGCAACCGCUGUUGGAUGUACUUUGCCCGUAUUUGCUGUUCUGUUUGGUGAGGUCAUUGGGGUGCUGGAAAAUCCAAAUGCUGAGGAAGUGCAGAAUGAGGUCAUCUUGUACUCCAUCUUGUUUCUGGUAGUUGGAGUUGUUACAGGGCUUGGCAUGUUUCUGCAAAUGUACUUAUCUGGUGUGGCUGGUGUUCACCUAACUGAACGGUUGCGAGUUGCAGCAUUUAGUGUUAUGUUGCGACAGGAAAUCAGCUGGUUUGAUGAAGAGAGGAACCGUGUUGGCACACUCUGUGCAAGGCUUUCAGGUGAUGCAGCAAGUGUGCAAGGGGCAACAGGGUCAAGGAUUAGCAUCAUCUUGCAGGCAACUUCAACACUAGCAAUUGGUGCCAUACUAGCGUUUACCUACAGCUGGAAGAUGACGCUAGUGUCAUUAGUAGCUGUACCAGUCGUUAUUGCAGGAAUUUUUUUUGAAUCAAAAGUAAUUCAUGGUCAAGGACUGAAGGAGAAAAUUGCGUUAGAGGCAGCAGCAAAGAUUGCUGUAGAGGCUAUAGCAAACAUCCGUACAGUGAAAAGCCUGUGUGGUGAACGGCUCUUUCUUGAGCGCUAUAUGACAGAGCUAUGGUCAGCACAACAGGCUGCUAGCCGGAAGACUAGACUCCGGGGCCCCGUGUUCGCUCUUGGACAGACAGUGCCAUUUUUUGGCUAUGGGCUAAGUCUCUAUUAUGGUGGUUAUUUGAUUAGCACAGAAGGACUUCCAUACAAGGAUGUUAUCAAAGUGUCAGAAGCUCUUAUAUUUGGCUCAUGGAUGCUUGGACAGGGAUUGGCAUUUGUUCCAAACUAUAGCAUUGCUAAAAUGGCAGCUGGGCGGAUGUUUCGUCUCAUUGAUAGGAAGCCUCAAAUUUACUCGCCACAGAUAAAAGGCAACAAUGAUCUGGAAACUUCAAGCAACAUUGAAUAUUCUAAAGUGAAGUUCCAUUAUCCAACUAGGCCUGAGGUACAAAUUCUGGCAGGAUUGAGCCUCCAGAUACAGCCAGGACAGACUGUGGCUCUUGUUGGUCCCAGUGGUUGUGGCAAGUCAACAUGCAUCCAAUUGUUACAGCGAUUUUAUGAGCCCACUGUUGGUACUGUGAGCAUGAAUGGGAAAGACAUAAGCUCAGUUCAACUUGAACAUCUGCGUGCACAGUUGGGUAUUGUGUCACAAGAGCCUGUUCUCUUUGACCGCACAAUUGCUGAAAACAUUGCCUAUGGAGACAACAGUCGUAUAGUUCCAAUGGAGGAGGUCAUUGAUGCAGCUAAGAAGUCAAAUAUUCACAGCUUUGUAUCCUCUCUUCCACUAGGAUAUGAAACAAGACUGGGCUCAAAGGGCACACAGUUGUCUGGAGGUCAGAAACAGAGAAUUGCCAUUGCAAGGGCGCUAGUGCGGAAUCCCAAAGUGCUGCUCCUGGAUGAGGCAACUUCUGCGUUGGACACUCACAGUGAGAAGGUAGUGCAGGAAGCUCUGGACCAGGCAAGAGAGGGACGUACCUGUAUCACUAUCGCACACCGUCUGGCCACAGUACAGCAAGCAGAUAUUAUCUGUGUGUUGAAUCAGGGUGUUGUGGCAGAGAUUGGAUCUCAUUCACAGCUACUCGAGAAGCAGGGGCUGUACUGCCAACUGCUGAGGCAGGCAGCCAGCAACAGUCUACAGUAAACAUCAUUAAAGUUUCUAAAUUGUAACCUGAAAAUGUCUUCCAUGUCUGUGCCUUUAUACAGUACUGUGAUAUCCUAUAAUUAAAUUGAAUCCAUCAUUCUGAAGGCAAUACAUGUUACUUAAAUCUAGAUUGUAACACUAAGACUAUGGUAGUGGAAACAGAAGGUUCAGUAAAGCACUGAAAUUCUGUUCACCCCCCACCCACACAACAUUUUUCCCUAACAUCAGCCAUAAUCCAUAUUGAUCCACAUUUUUUUGCUGUGUUACAGAAGUCAGAUUUAAAUUACAUUUUGUAAAAAUUGUCUUGCAAAAAUUAUACACCAUUAACUUGUUUGAAAGUGAUUUAUAUCAACAGAGUAUGAAAGUUUUCCUCGAUUAAUAUAAAUUGGUCUUGAGCAAAUUCCAAAAAUUUUCGUUGCAAGACACAGAUGGCAGAGAUCCAUGUAAGAGAGAACAUUGUAGCAGAAUAGUGUUUAGGCUGCCUCAGUAUUGUUAUUUUAGCAAAAAUAUGGUGUCUUCCUCAACAAUGUCUUACAAACAGUUAACGUCAUCCUCCCAUCUUCACUGACUUCUUUUUAUUCCAGUGGCUGUUUCUGAGAGGUUUCCUCACCAAAAUUCUUAUGUAUUUCUUGUCUAAGUGAGCUACACAUGAAAAAUCUGUUAUUACAUAAUAUCCUGAAUUCCAUAAUCCAGAUAGCACUAAGAUAAGCUACUUUUUGGUCCACAAAUCAAUAUGGAGUAGGCGGAGUGACAAAGACAUUCAACAUACCAUUGAUAUUUAAGUGAUAUUCUAUCAGCCUACUCAAAACACCAACAGCUUUUUGUAGGUGAAGUGAUUUUCAAAGCUGUGACUAUUUCAGCAGUGCCUAAUAUUCAAGAAAGGCGCAAUUUUUUUUUUCAAGUUGGAUAUUCCAGCUUCCAAAAGUAUAUGGCCCAGAGAAAAUUUUUGACAUAAUUUGUUUUUCAUUUGAUUUAACGUGUUCACUAUCAACAAGAUUUGGGCUGCGCCAUAGCUCAAGCAGUUAGUUGCUGGCUUCCCACCGCGGCGGCCCGGGUUCGAUCCCGGAUCUGGU